GGCGGGAGCGAGCUGCGGCCGUGGCUGCUGCACGGCUCUCGGCCCCGGAGCAUGCGCCAGAGCCGCCCCGGAGCCCCCCGCCAGCCCCGCCCGCGGCGCCCCGCGUCCCGCCGCCAGCGCACCCCCGGACGCUAUGGCCCACCCUUCCGGCUGGCCCCGCGUGUAGGAUGGUAGCGCACAACCAGGUGGCAGCCGACAAUGCAAUCUCCACGGCACCCGAGCCCCGACGGCGGCCCGAGCCCUCCUCCCCCGGGGCCCCCGCGCGCCCGCGGCCCUGCCUGGUGGCGGCGCCCUGCCCGGCCCCCGGCGACACGCACUUCCGCACGUUCCGCUCGCACGCCGAGUACCGGCGCAUCACCCGCGCCAGCGCGCUGCUGGACGCCUGCGGCUUCUACUGGGGACCCCUGAGCGUGCACGGCGCGCACGAGCGGCUGCGCGCCGAGCCCGUGGGCACCUUCCUGGUGCGCGACAGCCGCCAGCGCAACUGCUUCUUCGCGCUCAGCGUGAAGAUGGCCUCGGGCCCCACGAGCAUCCGCGUGCACUUCCAGGCCGGCCGCUUCCACCUGGACGGCAGCCGCGAGAGCUUCGACUGCCUCUUCGAGCUGCUGGAGCACUACGUGGCCGCGCCGCGCCGCAUGCUGGGGGCCCCGCUGCGCCAGCGCCGCGUGCGGCCGCUGCAGGAGCUGUGUCGCCAGCGCAUCGUGGCCACCGUGGGCCGCCAGAACCUGGCGCGCAUCCCCCUCAACCCCGUCCUCCGCGACUACUUGAGCUCCUUCCCCUUCCAGAUCUGAGCGCCGGCACAGGCAGCAUUAACGGGGUGGGGCGGGGGGCAGGCCUUGUUACUCUGUUUUCUAUUAUUGUUAUUAUUUUAUUAUUAUUAUUAUUAUUUCCCGGAACCACGUGGGCGCCCUCCCCGCCCGGGGGGUGGAGGGAGCGGGUGUGGAGGGGGGGGCUCGGAGGCUCCCGCUCCCGGCUGGAGAAAUCCUCCCCACCUCUUGGGGGGAGGCGCCCCCCUUCUCGGUGCUCCCUCUGGGCCCCCCCCACCCCGGUUGUCGUAGCAGCUUAACUUAACUGUAUCUGGGGCCAGGACCUGAGCCCGUACCUCUCACCCCUUCAUGUUUACAUAUACCCAGAAUCUUUGCACAAAACAGGGGUUGGGGAGGGUCUCUGGCUUUAUUUUUCUGCUGUGCAGAAUCCUAUUUUAUAUUUUUUACACCAGUUUAGGUAAUAAACUUUAUUAUGA